AUGGAGGAAGCUGAGGCACUAAGAUAUUGGUGCCACAUGUGUUCACAGAAUGUGAAUCCAGUUUUGGAGAUUGAUACCAUAAAAUGCCCCAUCUGCCAAAGCGGCUUUGUGGAAGAAAUGGCCACUCCCACUCCAGAAAAUGAUAGCCCUCCUGAUGUUGAAUUCGGAGGGCCGGAUUCUGAUCGCGCCCUCUCCCUCUGGGCGCCCAUCCUACUCGGUAUGAUGGGCAACCAGCGGCGUAGGCGCCGUAUGAGGCGCAUGGGCUACGAGGAGGGUGAAAACCACCAUGAUGGGGAGUCCGAGCUUGACCGUGAACUGGAGGCUAUAGUGAGGAGGAGGAGGAGCUCAGCCGCGAUUCUCCAGCUCCUCCAAGGCAUGCGGGCUGGGAUACUAUCCGAGCCAGAGACGGAUCAAGGCAAUGAUACUACGGAUAAUGAGAGGGAGAGGGAGAGAGAGCGUGUCAUUCUGAUCAAUCCCUUUAACCAGACCAUCAUUGUUCAGGGCUCUUACGACCCCGGCAACGAGUCCAUAAGCCGUGCACCUAUUGGCUCACUAGGCGAUUACUUCAUUGGGCCGGGGCUCGACUUGCUGCUGCAGCAUCUCUCGGAGAAUGACCCAAACAGGUACGGGACGCCUCCAGCUCAGAAGGAGGCCGUUGAAGCUUUACCGACUGUGGAAAUUGUGGACACACUGCAGUGCUCUGUUUGUUUGGAUGACUGUGACAUUGGUGAUCAAGUUAAGGAGAUGCCUUGCAAACAUAAGUUCCACAGCAAGUGUAUCCUACCAUGGCUAGAGCUUCAUAGCUCGUGUCCCAUCUGCAGGCAUCAGUUACCUUGUGAUGAGUCGAAGCUCGACUCCGACGGGUUGAGAAACGACAGCAAUAACAGCGAUGCCGGUGAUAGAAACGAAAGAGGGCGACACUUCUCUGUUCCUCUCCCAUGGCCCUUGAGCAGUUUGUUUUCAUCCUCCCCUACUUCAAAUGCCAACAACCCAAGCACUUCAAACCGGGAUGAGAGUUGAUUUCUGGUUAAUGUUAUAUUAUGCAAAUUACCUUUGUAUGUAUAUAAGCAAAUUCCCAAGGCAAUAAUUAGAAAAGUGACUUGUGUUUUA